AUGAAAGAUUUGCGGGUUGCUGGUUUCACGUCGUUGGAGGCCGCAAAAGUUCUUAUCAACUCUAUGCAGUACGAAAUGGCGGCGGAGCAUGCUCAACGAGCUGUUCGACUUCUAGAAGGUGAUUUUAUCGCUCAUACUCAAGCACUUUAUUGUCUAGCAACAGUCCACUUUCGCUUAUCUCAAUGGGGACAUUUAUUAGCCGAUAUCGAUGAAAUCUGGAUGGCAGUAAUGAAAAAUAGGUCCAACUAUGCUGGUUUCAGGAGUGUAAUGGGACGACGUAUACUCAAAGAUCUGGAGGUCAUAACGGUGCUUGUUUUAUGGAAAACCCAGCUCUCCUCCAGUAGUCGGCACAAGCUGCUGAUGAACCUUUACACGGAUAGUCAUGCUUCCCAAGGCUUGAAAAAGGUAAGAUCUAUCAUCUCAGUCUGUGACGAAUGUGCUUACUUAUAUAAAUCGGUGUAA